CACUAACGCUUUCAAUUUUCUGGAAAGAUUCACGUAUCAAUUUGUUUACUUAAUAGUUUUGUGCAUAUUUAACCGAGCAAAUACUCGUUAAUAUAGGGUGAUCCCUUGUAGCUAUCUGUAGGAACAGAUAAGUUCAGUUCAGUUCAGUUGUGAGCUCAAGCAAAAAAUCAACAACAACAAAAUGUCGUGGCAAAGUGUCCCUCAAUAUCCUCAAUAUCAAGAUCCUAAUCAACAGUACAACUAUGGCGGCGGGUAUCCUCCACAAGGCGGCUACGGGGGUGGCUAUCCGCAAGGACCUCCUCAAGGCGGCGGAUAUCCGCCUUAUGCGCAGGGCGGUGCUCAGCCGUAUCCGGGUGCUUAUGGCCAGGGACCUUAUGGUCAGGGUCCACCGCCUGGAGGCUAUGCACCACAGCCUGGCUUCAUUCAACCACCACCAAGUGCUGGCUACGGUGCCUAUGACGAUCCCGAGGGUCAGCCGAAAAACUUUUCAUUUGACGACCAGAGCAUCCGGCGCGGCUUCAUACGCAAAGUUUAUAUGAUUUUAAUGGGACAGCUUGUUGUUACUUUUGGCGCAGUGGCUCUGUUCGUUUAUCACAAGGGCACCAGGGAUUUUGUAGGCGCGAAUCGUUGGCUGUUCUGGGUUGCCUUGGCCAUCAUGAUUGUCACCAUGCUGUGCAUGGCUUGCUGUGAAAGCGUGCGUCGUCAAACACCGACCAACUUUAUAUUCCUCGGCCUAUUUACAAUAGCGCAAUCGUUUCUCAUGGGCAUUACCGCAACACGCUAUGCGCCUACAGAGGUACUUAUGGCUGUGGGCAUAACCGCUGCUGUUUGCCUGGCACUAACGCUGUUUGCCAUGCAAACCAAAUACGAUUUCACUAUGAUGGGUGGCGUGCUGCUUGCCUGCAUGGUUGUCUUUGUAAUCUUUGGUAUUGUGGCCAUAUUUAUACCCGGCAAAGUCAUCACUCUGGUCUAUGCCUCAAUUGGCGCGCUGCUCUUCUCUGUCUAUCUGAUAUACGACACUCAGCUGAUGAUGGGCGGCGAUCACAAGUACUCGAUUAGUCCCGAGGAAUAUAUAUUUGCUGCGCUUAAUCUUUAUCUGGAUAUAAUCAAUAUCUUCAUGUACAUUCUGACUAUCAUCGGCGCUUCGCGCGACUAAAAUGUUGAGCAAUAGCUAAUGUUAGUUAUAUUGCUGUUUACUAAAUCUAUUAUAAUCUCAUUUACCAGUUUAAAACAAAUACGAAAGUUGUUUCUGCUCUAUUAAUAUUUAAUCUAUUUUGGUUGCUGUAAAUGAUUUAUGUUGCGCCAAAAUGCGCGAGAAAGCGAAAGUAUUAGUAUUAAGGUGAAAUGUUAAAAGGAAUCUUAUAUUGUUAAACGCAGUUGAUUUUGUUCUUUUUCGUUUAUUUGUUUAGUACUUCAAAAUUUGCCUAAGACUAUACAUACCUGAUAUUGAUUGAUGUUGUAAAACCAAAUAAUACCGCAUAAAAAUACAAUAAAUAGUCUUACACAUAACAAUUAUAUACAUACAUAU